AUGAACAGUAACUUAUGGGGUCCCCCCGACCGCAGGGCUCACAUGAACCACAGGUCCUCCAGUAUGCCGGCUGGUGGUGGGGGUGGGGCCUUCCAGAUGAAUUCUCUCGGGGGUUCUCCCAUGAUGGGGACAGGGGGGAUGGGCAUGGGUGGCAUGGGUGGAGGCGGUACUGGAGGGGGGAUCCCUAUGCAGAGUACUCAGUUCCGAUCAGGCGAUGGACCAUCUAUGAGUGGUUUUGGACCAAGCAUAGGCUCCGGUGGGCCCUAUAUGAUGUCGGGAGGGGGGAGGAUGCCAGGCAGCCCCAAUAUGUUCGGAGGUGGGGGAGGGGGAUCCAUGGCCAGUAAGUUCGGCAACUCCCCCAUGGGCAGACCACAGUCCGCUCAGAUGAUGGCCCCGAACUUCGCAGCCAGUCAGUUCUCAGCCGCGUCUCCGCCCAGAUUCAACCAGAUGAUGCCAGGCAGGAACAACCCAACUGGAUACAGUCCCCACCCGGCGGCCGGCAAGCCCUCCCUCCCCAUGCCUCCCGCCAGAGGGCGACCGGCCAGUGCCCUGGCUCAGUCCUCUGGCUACAUGCAGUACUACCCGAAACCCCUCUCUGGCCAGGGCAUGGGGGCAGGGGCAGGGGCAGGGGGCAUGAAGCCUUUCGGAGACCAUCACACUUUGGGCAAGAACUUCAUGGCCCCUGGAAGGUCAGCCUCGCCUAUGAUGGGCUCAAUGGGCCGAAGUUCUAUGGGGGCUCCAAUGUCGAUGGCAAGUAGAUCACAAUUGGGGAAAAACAAACACGUCGAGUUCCACCCAGUGGCCACUCGGACAUUCUACUGA